UGUUUUUGAAGUCAUUGUUAUCUAUAAGUGUCACUGUUUUGUACCUUUUGACAGCCAUUUCCAGCUUAACUGUAUUAAUAUUUUGUUUGCUCCAGUCUGGAGUUUUGCAGAUAUUUUCUGUAAUAGCAUCAUCAACCAAGCAGCAUCAUCUCUUCCCAUUGUGGCAUCUCUGUGGUCGGUCACUCCAGAUGGAGAUGGUGAAGAAGAGAAGGGCACCAGAUGUAGCUGAUGAGUCUGGAGGUCCAAAAAAAGAGUGCCAGGAGCCCACCCAGUCUAGCAAACCUGAUGCACCACUGGCCAGCAAGCUGCGGAAAAAGAUAAAUGCCGAGCCCGGCCCCCCGCCGGCCGAGCCCUGCGUGCCCGACAUCGAGGACUGGUGCCCAGCCGGCUGGCAGCAGGUGCUGGAGAACGUGCGCAGCAUGCGCGCGGCCCGCGACGCCGCCGUCGAUCGGAUGGGCGCCGAGUCGUUCGCCGCCGAUCCCCAGGUCGUCACGCCCGAGCUGGCGCGUCUGCACGUGCUGGUCUCGCUGAUGCUCUCCAGCCAGACACGUGACGAGAUCAAUCACGCUGCCAUGACGCGGCUGAAGGCGGCCGGCCUGUCCGUGCCCUGGCUGCUGCAGGUGGACCAGGGCCAGCUGGCCCAGCUCAUCAAGCCCGUCGGCUUCUGGCGGCGGAAGGCAGAGUACCUGAAAAAGACAGUCAGAAUACUGCAGGACGAGUACGCGGGCGAUAUACCGCCAUCUGUCGAGAGCCUCUGCAAGCUUCCCGGCGUCGGCCCAAAGAUGGCGCACCUCUGCAUGAACAUCGCCUGGAAGCAGGUCUCCGGCAUAGGGGUGGACACCCACGUGCACCGCAUCAGCAACCGGCUCGGCUGGGUGCGUCGGCCGACGGCCACCCCAGAACGGACCCGGCUCGCCCUGCAGGCCUGGCUGCCGCGCCAGCACUGGAGCGAGAUUAACCUGCUGCUGGUCGGCUUCGGACAGCAGAUCUGCACGCCGGUGGCGCCUCGCUGCGGCGACUGCCUGAACUUCAGCCUCUGCCCUUCGGCGCGCCUCUCGCCCAAGAAGCCCAAACGGUUGGAGACCUGCGGACACACUCAACUCGGAUUACGGUGGAGAACCGGAUAAGUGGUCCACGCAUG